UGUAACAUAUCAAAGGACUCCUUACCCAUCUUCUGUCUGGUGGGCAUUCCCUCCCUGCCUGGAUCCCUCUUCUUCCCUGUCUUCUUGAUUUUCCUCUGAAUCUACCUUCUCAUCCUGAUGGGUAACGCCCUGAUCCUGGUGGCUGUACUGGCAGAGCCCAGCCUCCACAAACCCAUGUACUUCUUCCUGAUGAACCUCUCUGCCCUGGACAUCCUCUCCACCACAGCCACCAUCCCCAAGAUGCUGUCCCUACUUGUACUUGGGGACCGCUGCCUCAGCUUCUCUGCCUGUUUCCUGCAAAUGUACCUCUUCCAAAGCUUCUCCUGCUCUGAAGCCUUCAUCCUGGUGGUCAUGGCCUAGUGCUAUGUGGCUAUCUGCCACCCACUGCACUACCCUGUCCUCAUGACCCCACAGAUCAAUGCUGCACUGGCAGCCAGUGCCUGGCUCACUGCCCUCCUCCUGCCCAUCCCAGCAGUGGUGCAGAACUCCCACAUGGCUUUUGACAGCACUGCUCACAUCUACCAUUGCUUCUGUGACCACCUGGGUCUGACUCCCCAACUAGACUAUGGAUACCCUGAGGACAGCAACUAUGUCUGGUUCAUUUCUGCCUCUAGCAGCUAG